AUGUCGAUUAGGCCGGAGAUUAUUCUUCGUAAUCAUCCAAGCCAUCCAUGGCAUGUACUAGAGUUGAAAAACUAUAUGGAGCCAUACACUUGUGAUGGGUGCAAGGAAAAAGGUUUCGGCCCACGAUACCGAUGUGAAAAAUGUGAUUUUGAUCUUCACCAAGCUUGCACUUACAACCGAAUUGCCUCGGUUUCUCAUGACUACUUCCCGGGGUCGAAGUUCAGGUUCCUUAGAAACCCACCAAAACCGUGCCACCCAGAAUGUAUAAUAAGGUGUGACGCUUGUAGAAAGACCAUUAAAGGCUUCGUUUUCCAUUGCGAGGAAGAUAACUUGGAUCUUCACCCAUGUUGUCGAAACCUCAAAAGGAGUUACGAAAUCGAAGACGUGAAGUUCAACCUCCACAAGAAGGUGAGAGGGAAGUGCAUGUGGUGUAAUAGGAAGAGCCUUAAAGAUGGUGGUAACGACAAUGGUUGGUCUUACAUGUCUGAGUGUGGGAACUACCAUGUUCAUGUCGCUUGUAUUACUGAAAUGGCUUUGGAAGAAUGGUACAACUACAACAACAACAACAAACAGCAGAGAGGUGGAACAAGCAGCAGCAGUGGCGGUAGCAUGAGAGCGAUGAAGAGUACUACUACUACUACUACUGCACCACAAUCUUUGGCUGUGAAGUUGAAAGUGCAAGAAAUUCAAGCUCGAAGGCGCGGGGAUGGAGGAGGGAAGGACAAGUUUUGGAGAAUCCUAAAGUUCAUCAUCAAGACUGUUGUUAGUAUCGUUAUUGGAGAUCCGACCAUGAUUGUUGCCUCUUUCUUUGUCCAGCUACUUCCUUGA